AUCUAUUUUACGGGUACGCCACGCAAUGUGAUCAUUGAUGGCGUUGCUUACCAGAUGGCAUUUGGUGAGAAAAAACCGGUGCUAAUCGACGGAAUUGAGCAUGUGCUGAGAUUUGGAGCGCCUUCGCGUGAGCUGUAUAUGGGCGACUAUGCUUUCAAAGCCCCAAGUGUGGCUGAGCAGCAACAACAACAGCAGCAGCAACAGCCAGCUGCACCAACAGUUGAUGUGAAAGUUCUUCUUGCCAAACUACAACGUACGGGAUUUCUUUCUUCAUUGAAGGCUAGCAAUAAAGGAAGUGAAGCCGGAGCAACGGACGAUUCCACCACUCGGCCGGUCACGCCACCAAUUCCAUCGGUGCACCGUUACGAAGUGACCGAGAAGCUGCCAACGCCACCAACGGACUUGAAAUCGUUCUCAAUGCGUGCCCUCAAAAUGUAA